AUAAGGUAUAAUAUCCACUUUGCUUCCAUAUGAUAAUAUAAAAAUUUACAGGGAACCUUUUAGCUCUAGAAUGGUCUUAACGAUCAAGUCCAACUGUUGAUCUCACCGGGUCAAAUUGACCCGGCUCGUUAAAUCACAGUUCAACAUUUGCACAUUUUCUCCAAAAAAAAAAAAAACUGUUUUGGAGAAAACAGUUUUACUAACAUUUUUACUAAAUUACAAAUGGAAAGUUUACUAAUUUUAAAUGCAUUAAAUACUCCAAAUUUACAUUAGAAUAUAUGUACAGUAUGUGUUCACGUGUGUGAGUGUUUGUGGAUUGGUGGGUGUGUGUUGGUCAGUUCUUGCUUAAACCACACACAGACAAACAUUUGUUCCCAUUUUUCCCAUUUGUUUCCAUAGACUUCCAUAGUUUUUAUAUCGAAGUAAUAAUAUUGUGAUGCAACUUAUGUGCGUGCAUAUCUUUGAAGGGGGUGUGUGUGUGUGUGUGUGUGUGUGUGUGUGUGUGUGUGUGUGGAGGGGUGUGCGUGAGUGCAAAUAUGAGUAUGAGUGCACUUCUAAGUAACAUUUUGGACUGUUCUACAAUUUUACAGCUUUCUUGUAAGUCUUUAUAUACACCGGGUCAGGACUUUUUUAUUUUUAUAGCUUGUUAAAUGCAUGAAAUAAAUAAAAUAAAAAAAUACAUUGCCAGGUUCAGAUCACCUCUGUGGAGGAUGUCAUGAAGUUUCAAGCCGAAAAGGUAAAGUUAAUUGAUUUUAAUCAGUUAAAAGUUUAAACGGGUCAAAUUGACCCAUAAGUCCAUUCAGUAGUUAACUUGGUCCAUGCUGUUCAGUUCAGUUGAUAUGUAUUUUACAGAUUAUAAUAAUCAACUCAACCAAAACUGAAGUAAACUUUAAAGUAAGAGACUGGUUUGGGGAUUUUAGUCAUUGAUAACGGGAUCGUUGAAAAAAAAAAAAGAUUGUCAGAAAUAGAAAAUCAGUAGUUUUGACCAGCUCUAAAAAGCAGCAUGGACAUUCUGGAAUCUCAGUUGCUUUUUCCUGCACUGCCACCGUAGAGGGUGCCAUUUUCUUAAAAAGGAACCCAAGAUCCUAACAUGACAUUAUGGUCACUAAAAGAAAUAGAAUUUAAACUAAUUUUAAAAGUAAUGAAGUGGAAGUGGUGGUACUGCUGUAGCGCACAUGCUUUCAACAGCUUUGGUGCUCCUGCAGGGAUGUAGGCUCUAAUACAACUCUAAUAUCUACCCCUAAAAUGUUCUGUCUCUUUAUACUUCCAUACAAAGUCAAAGCACAGAAACUAUUCCAACACUGAAACUGUGAAAAAUUGCUUCAAUGUUUUUAAACUGUCCAGCCAAAUGUGGGUUAUAAAAUAGUCUCACUCUGUUUUCUCAAAACCACAGGACAGAUAAUAGUUUAAGAGGCCUGAUUUUUGAUUAUAACUCAGUUUUGACAAAGUAUUGUUAACGUGUUUUGUCUUUGUAGGGUAGUAUACAUUCCUCUCGAUUGAAAUGGACAAAAAAGUCAGGAAUCAUCAGCAAGUUAAAUGCAUAAAGUUUAAAUGUUUUAUCCAUGUUUCCAAGACCUGUUCUCUUUGUGUGCCUUUUUAUACAUUUUGUAGAAAGAUUUCGUAUAAAUGGUUGCAUGUAUAAAAGCACUAUGCCCUGAUCUCCUUAGCAAUGACCACAUAAUGAAGGACCUCUCUUUCUCUCUCUCUCUUUUGACUCCACCCAUGUAGUAUAAGUAGGGUUCUGAUUUUUCUCUUCAGUAAUUUCUCUCUAGAUUCUUCCAGGAGUUGACCCUUGACCUUGAGCCCCGAGGAUGGAUAACGCCACAUACAGCUAUGUGAACGAUUGCACUCCGCUCACAAACUGUAAGUCUGGCCGAAAGGCUGGUGGCUCAACGGUGGUCAACAUGAGCCAUGCAGGCAAGAAGCCACCAAAUGACUAUCUGAUCUGGUCUCUGUGUAACACUUUGUACGUUAACUUCUGCUGCCUGGGAUUCAUGGCCUUGAUCUACUCCAUUAAGGCUCGAGAUCAGAAGACCUUGGGUGAUAUGCGUGCUGCACAGGAAUGCUCGGACAAGGCGAAGUGGUACAAUAUUCUGGCAUCAGGCUGGAAUCUGUUGAUUCCUCUGCUCUUGCUGGGUUUGCUGGUUCUGCUCCUGGUUCAUCUGGGCAGCUCAGAGGGAACGUUUGAUUUCUUCGGCGAGGACGGAUUCCAGAGUUUCAUGAAGCUUUUCAGCAGGUAGAAAGAACGACUGGCAAACCAAUCCUCAAAACUCCUGGAAACCUGCCGGACUGUUCACCCUCACUCCACUUUCUCAACGUAUUAUUUUCUUUGGCUAUGUGAUGAAUUUAUGAUUAUUUCUAUAAUUAAUGUCAGUAUGUUAUCUCUUAGCAGAUCUGUCCUGCAUUUCUAUUAUACGAAGUAAAUUGGCUCAAUAGUAUUUAAUAAAGUAUUUAAUGUUAACAAUAUUUUACACGUGUCUCUUUGCAAAGAAUCCAUUGGAUACAACUUUAUACCCCUGUUAUAAACACACCGUGACGCUCGAUUCGCGAACGAGUCAUUCUUUGGAACCGGUUAUUUCUGAUGAUUCUUUUGAACCGAUUCGCAAAGGGUUUGUAAACCGACUGUAAAAUCGAUUAAAGAACUGAAUGUAAAACUGUAAGUGAUGUGUUAGAACCACGUAAAAGUUCACGUUUUCUGUGUCGCUCAAUCGAAAACAAAGUUAUAAACAACUAAAUAGGCCUGUUUAACUGAAUUGCACUGUUACAAACGCACAUAAUUUACGCUCGAUUCGUGAACGAGUCAUUCCUUGGAAAUGAUUCUUUCUUAUGGUUCGGUUGAACCAAUUCUCAAAGCGUUUGUAAAUCGACUGUAAAGCCGACUGAAGAACUUAAAUGGAAGUAAAACUGAGGUGAGUGAUAUGUUAGAACAUUAACCUCGUAUAUUUGACGUAAUCUAUGUCACUCGAUUGAAAACAAAGGUAUAAAGGACAAAAACAAAAAGAGGUAAACAUGAGUUCUGUGUUAACCAGCCUUAGUAAGGUUUCUGAACGGUUGUAUUUCUCAUGUUGUAAAGGUAGAAAAGUACCUGUGGUCAUGUGCCUCUUUAUACAGCUCUGGAAAAAAUUAAGAGACCGCUGCACAAUUAUAAGUUUCUCUGGAUUUACUAUUUAUAGGUAUGUGUUUGAGUAAAAUGAACAUUUUUGUUUUAUUCUAUAAAGUCCUGAGAACAUUUCUCCCAAAUUCCAAAUAAAAAUAUUGUCAUUUAGAGCAUUUAUUUGCAGAAAAUGACAGCUGGUCAAAAAAAAAACCCCAAAAAGAUGCAGUGUUUUCAGAUCUCGAAUAAUGCAAAGAAAACAAUUUCAUAUUCAUUUUUAAACAACACAAUACUAAUGUUUUAACAUAGGAAGAGUUCAGAAAUCAAUAUAUGGUGGAUUAGCCCAUAUUUCCAUUCACAGCUUUCAUGCGUCUUGGUAUGCUCUCUACCAGUCUUUCACAGUGCUGCUGGGUGAUUUUAUGCCACUCCUGGUGCAAAAAUUCAAGCAGCUUGGCUUUGUUUUGUGACUUGUGGCCAUCCAUCUUCUCCUUGAUCACAUUCCAGAGGUUUUCAAUGGGGUUCAGGUCUGGAGAUUGGGCUGGCCAUGACAGGGUCUUGAUCCGGUGGUCCUCCAUCCACACCUUGAUUGACCAGGCUGUGUGGAAUGGAGAAUGUCGUGCUGGAAAAACCAAUCCUCAGAGUUGGGGAACAUUGUCAGAGCAGAAGGAAGCCAGUUUUCUUCCAGGAUAACCUUGUAUGUGGCUUGAUUCAUGCCUCCUUCACAAAGACGAAUCUGCCUGAUUCCGGCCUUGCUGAAGCACCCCCAGAUCAUCACCGAUCCUCCACCAAAUUUCACAGUGGGUGCGAGACACUGUGGCUUGUAGGCCUCUCCAGGUCUCCGUCUAACCAUUAGACAACCAGGUGUUGGGCAAAGGUGAAAU